UUUAGAGUGAGAGUGUUGUGGAGUUUCUCAGUUUGUAUUGGGGGCGGGCAAGCAAAACGUAGAAAGGAGAGAAAAAAGAAGGAAAGAAAGAAUGGCGAGCGAGGAAGAUAGUGCGGUGAAGGAGCCUUUGGAUCUCAUUAGACUCAGCCUCGACGAGCGCAUCUACGUCAAGCUCCGAUCAGACCGUGAACUCCGCGGCAAACUCCAUGCCUAUGAUCAGCACUUGAAUAUGAUUCUUGGUGAUGUUGAAGAAAUUGUUACCACAGUUGAAAUCGAUGAUGAAACAUAUGAAGAGAUAGUUCGGGAAUUACAUAUAGGUGAAACUUGGUGCGUAGAUAUUGACACUAUGGGACAUCAUUACUCUCUGUGUUGCAAUGCAUGACUACAAGGCGCACAGUGCCAUUCCUCUUUGUUAGAGGAGAUGGUGUGAUAUUGGUUUCCCCGCCAUUGAGGACAGCUUGAUUUCGAGAGGAAGCAUACCAGUCUAUUUCACGCCUGCUAUCACAGACCUUAUUGUCCCUGUAUUCUAAAACCCUUAAGUUUUUUGCAUCGACUGAAUUAGUAUGUACAAGUUAUAUUCUGGAGCUUCCUUAUUGAUUUAGAUAACUAAGUUAUAUUCUGGAGUUUCCUUAUUGAUUUAGAUAACUCUUGAUUCCAUUUUCACUUUCGUAUAAAAAUGUAAGGCUGAUGUUAGUGUACUA